CAGUUUAGUUUGGCGUGAGUCGCCGUACUGUUCGGUAUUUCGUGUGUUGCUACGAUCGUUUUAUGGCCGAUGUCGUUCAUUUCCGUGGUUUAGUUCCAUAAAACGCCGCACAGUAUUCCGUGGCGCCAUUGUACGGACUCAUCGUAUUCCUGUCUAACCGUGUACUCGUCGUCGUCGUCGUCGUCGUCGUUGUCGUUGUCACGAUAAUUGUCGUUGUUGUGAUUUUUGAGCUUGUAUUAUAUUUUCUUUUUAACGAGUCUGGCCAGGCCGUAGCGUAAUUUCAGAGCUUAGUGCACAGUCGGCGGUAAGGUGAAAGUAAAUCCCGUCGGGUUUACUCGAAUGCCAGGGAAGCUGGUUGUACGUCACGAAAUCGCGUAUACAUCGAGCACGCGACGUCACUGUUGUCUGGAUAGCCCUCAUCUCGAUUUCGCAAGAGGGAGGACUUCAAGUUUGAACCCGAACCCGAAUACUGUAGCGACCUCGCAUUUCCUCUACAAUAUCAUUGGAGCACGAACGACACGGCAUCGCUUUGUGUACGUACGCGGCCAGUAUGCUCUACUACCAUAGAGGAUAGCGUUAGCCACUCUCGUAUGCGUGUAGCCGCACGUACGGUUCGCAUGCUCGCACGUAAGUACACGCACGCACACUCUAUCACCCAAUAUAGCGCUUUCCAGCGAAUACACUUGUGUACAUGUAAACCUACUCGCCGGUUGAAUGCUGAGAAACAACAGCGAGAAACAGAGAGGGGAAGAGGGCAAGAAAGAGCAAAGGAGAAGAAAGAAAAAGGGAGAGUAAGACGGAGAGAGCGGUUUCCUCCAUCUUUUUCUCCCUCCCUUCUUCUUUUCUGUCCCGCUCUCAUUCUCUCUCCCUCUUUCUCUCGUUACUACCCGUUUGCCCCUCUCCUCGGUCUAUCCUCUUGCUCAUAUUCCCUCUUUCUCCAACUUACACGCAUCGUCUUAUUCUCGUACGCGGCACUCGUGUAUUUAUGCGUUUUCUCAUAUUCGCGCUGCCUCCUCUUUCGUCCUCGACGAAAUCGCUCGGUAUGCGUUCGCGAUACGCGCGACGAUGGAAUAAACAUCGACUGGGAACACGGCCGGUUUCUCACAGAGAGCAUGGGUAUCGCUCGUUCAGUUUUUCUGCGAGGAUAAUCGCCUUUUGGAACGCGAAAUCUAGCAGCUAUUGUCCGAAAUCGAAGAUAGCACAUCGAAAGUUUUACCACUGAAAAAAAACUCGUUUUGCCGCUUUCGUCGCGGAAUGUUCGCGCUCGCGAUCGUGCAAACCCCUCCGUUGUCUACGAUAUGCAAGGAAACGUGUCUCUACUGAUUAAUCAGCUGGCCGCCUCAACAACCAGAUCGCUGUGAAACACGGAAUACGAAAGCAACGGAACAAACAAUAGGCGGGAAAUUCCUUUCGAUGGAUGAGAUCAAGUUCGAAGGCCUAUCGGCGCUUUAUUCCGCGAUUUCAGCUUAUUAAUUAGAAAUUUCUUAUCGUCGCUUAACAACUAUAUCGAAGAAACUAUGCUGACAAAUCGUUGAAAAAAAUGUGAUUACCUAAUCAUUUUCGAUUUUACCGCACCUGGAAACGAAUUUUACAAAGAGAAACGAAUGUUCGCGAACCUCGAACAUUCGAAGAGGAAAGAAUGUUUUUUUCUUGGACAACGGUCGUAAGACAAGCUGGACGAUUGAAUGCCUUUCUUUUGCGAUUUCUGUAGACCGUCGCUAGGUUACUUCGAAUCAUGGUCUUCCGUCCAGUAGGGUCGACGUCUCCCUACUCUCUUUUCUCGGGGUACAAGCGUAUAGAAGCGAUGGUCGAGGGAUCAGAAAGCAGCUGGGGGUCUAAUCUGUAACGCGCGAUAAGACGACUAAAGUUUCGCGAAAGAAAAUGAGACGUUCAAAAAUGAGGGCAUGUUCGUGUAAACUCCAUUGAAAGAACAUUCUCUUAACAAAGCUUUCUCGUUAUAUUCUUUCUAACUUGCUGACGCAAUUGAUAAAAUUUAUACGAAGAAAAGUAAUAAAAAUUACUUGAUUUUUUAAAACAAGUCUUUUUGAAAGAACACUUGACGAUAACUAAUCUGAUAUUAGCAUAACUAUUUCAAUAUUAUGAGAAUUAGAAAGAAUUUACACGAUUUCGAGCAUUAGUUUCACGAUUGAUUCGAAGUGAUCCCUCUUUCUAUCGCUUGUCACAAUUUCGUUUGAGAAUUUUGCUUCUUCUUACGACCAGCUCGAUAUAAAUAGACGAAGUACUAGAAUUGCAGAACGUGUGGUGUGUACCUAAAGUUAGCCGAUUCGAUAUGUAAAUAAUUCUAGUUAAUUUCCAUCGCGAUAAUUGAACUCGAUGCUCACCUAGAUCUUCGUUCCCUAACAAAUGCAUCAUCGUCAUUCGAAGAAUAUCUUCUCAAUAUCUUCUCGUUUCGAAGAUUAUUCUUAUCUACUCUUAGUUGUGUACAGGCCUUUACUUUGACGCGUCCCUGCAUUCGCGACAUGUGCUGCACUCGGAGGAAAGUGUCCAAGCAAACGGACGUAAACGAUCGAAUGAGAACUUACGAGCAAAGUCUCGAAGAUCUAGCAACGAGAGAUAAAGCGGGAGAAACCUCGUAACAGAAAUUCGAGCAAGAAUCUCCUUUAGUUUCUGUUAGUGACUGUUGAUAGCACGAAACAACGUUAACCUUUCCAUUGGAGAUAUUACAUGGAAUCGUGUUUAUCGUUACAGACAUUAUCACCGACAAUUAAGAAUAAGAAAAAUGUCGGGAAUAGGUAAAAGGACUUACCUCCGAGAGGUAAAUCCCUAUCUUAUUUGUCCUUUAUGCAGAGGAUAUCUUAUAGAUGCAACCACUGUCGUCGAAUGUUUGCAUUCGUUUUGCAGAAGUUGUAUUCUCAAGCAUCUCAACACAGAAGCUCAUUGUCCUUCUUGCAAACAUGUUCUCAACAAAGCCAAACCGAAUAUCAAAGCUGAUAAGGCGUUGCAAGAUAUCGUAUACAAACUGGUACCAGGAUUAUAUCACAAAGAGAUGCGAAAGAGAAGAGAGUUUUACAAAAAACAUCCGGAGCAUGCGGAUUUAGCGACUCCAGAACAACGUGGAGAAGAUGUUAGCGGAAGAUUAAUUUUCGCUCCAGAAGAUGCUGUUAGCUUAAGCUUGGAAUAUUUACCGCCCGGAGCCGAUCCUAUGAGCAUUUUACUUAGCACCAACGAUGAUAUCAAUAAUUCUAACGCAUCUAACAAUCAAAAUAAUAACAGUAACAAUACUAGUAAUAAUGGUUAUAACAAUAACGCUAACAAUCAUAGCACAAAUACAACGAGUAGACGAUAUCUUCAAUGUCCAGCACUGGUAACUAUUGCGCAUUUAAAAAAAUUCUUAGCUUCGAAAUACAAUGUUGAUAUGACAAGGUACACGAUCGAAAUUUGUCAUCGACGUGCUCCGCUUCCGGAACACUGGACUCUCAUGGAUGUCGCUUAUAUUUAUGCAUGGAAAAGGAAUGCACCAAUGCGAUUUUUUUACCGAGUUGCGUUAGAAGAGCAAAGAUUAGAGGCACCUCCUCACGACAGGCCUUCUACGCCAGGUUUGGGCGCCAGUUUUCCUCCAGUCGAUACUACUAUUGCUAUACAGAACAACGUUAAUUCGGAAAAUCUUGAGAAUGAUAUAGAAUCCAAGUCAGAGACAAAAUCUAUAAAGGAUACUGAUGAAAAAAUCACGUUAGACAAUCAAAAUGAAAUUUCGAAUGAAAAAUCGCGUUCUCCAAGUGAACAAAUAUCUACAAAUGAGACUAUUGAUAAUCAUAAAAUAACUAUUAAAGAAGAUCAACUUAUAACUAGUGUAGUAACAUCGACAACCACGACAUCAACGACAGUUUCUAUAGCAUCGACGAAUAUUACGUCAACAACGACAGCUACCAACACAGUUGUUUCAUCGGCAACGACAACUACUAAUACAAAUAAUGUCUCAUCCACAUCGAAUAGUGAAAAUAAACAAAUUAAAACACCUAUAAAAAUACUCAAGAACUCAGAGGGAAGAUAUGAGGUUUUGAGAAGUCCGCCAGCAAGUUGGAAUUCGAAAGAACAAAGCAUUACAAAUAUCGAAACAAAAUCUUCGAAUCCAGAAUUUAGUGUUGUAAGUAUAGGCAACGGACAGAAUUCGAAUGGAGUAAAGAUUACUUUAAAACAAUGUUCACCAAACAAUACAAGUCCAAACAAGCCGAAAGUUAUCAGUAAUGUAUUAUUACAUUGUGGCCAAGUAGACAAAGAUAGUUCUGAGGCGUUACUUAUUCAACAAUUACAGAGGAACAGAGAGAAACGUCAAAUAGAGAAACAAGAAGAACAAAGAAGAAGAGUAACUUUUAUGGAACGAUUGACUCCUGAGAAAACUAUUAGUACUACCAACAAUACUAAUAGUAAUACUUUAAAAAGUAUACAGAAAAAACCAGGAGAACAGCAAGAGAAAAAACAAUUCCUUCAAAGUUUUCAGCUGACAGCUAGAGAGACGGGAUCAGAAAUAAAAUUAGAAUCUUCCUCUAAUGAAUUAAAUAUGAAGGAUGAGAUUAAUGAUACACAAAACAAAGAUAAUGUCACUCCGAAAAAAGAAGAUGAUAAUGCAACAGAAACUUCAAAUAAUAUAAAUAAUUCAAAGAAUAAAAGUAAUAAUGAAAAUAUCAGUGUAAAUGCAAGUGGAAAUAUUUCGAAUGUAAGUAAACCAAUAAGCGGAAUUAAUAACAAUGCGCGAAUCAACACGAAUAAACAAUGCAAUGAUAUCGAUACUUGCACGUUUGGUUACUCAAAGAGUACAAAUCCGGGUAUGAACAUCAGCAUUAAUAAUAACCCCGCAAAAGUGGAUGUAUAUACUUUUUCUAAUGAUCCACCUAUAGUUCCCGCGGGAGCAGUGAAAAGAAAAUGUCCACCAGGUUUACCAAUCUUUGAUAUCAGAAGAAAGAAACAACAACAAAUUCAAACUCAUAUCUCAAAAAAGCAAACUCAUGUACAUCCGUCUCCUAUUAUGCAAAAUAAUACGAAAUCACCUCGAAAAUUAACAACGGAACAUGUUAUUUCAGCAAAAAGACCGGGAAAUAUAAUUGCAGAAGCUGGACCUAGUCGAACACUCACGACACCAAGUUCAAAACCUUCCUCAAGUCCAAUACUUUCGAACGAUACAAGAAAUAUAUUAGAUGGUUGCGGAUUAAACAUUCCUGCAAGUCUCAGUAUAACUCUAACAGCACCAAAAUCACCUGGAAAUAGUGGUGGAUCUAUUGAACCAAAUGAUUCCAAAGAUAAUCGAAAGAAUACUCUGGGAAAAGUAAGUCCAAGCAUUACUUUAAACGAUAGAUCUGUCGAUCCACGAGUAUUAAAGGCAUUAAAAGCAGGACAAAUAAGGAUGCCUGCACCGUUAAAACCAAGACAAACCAAGCAACCAGAACGCGAUCAGCAACGACAAGCACUUCCUACUAAACGGAAAAGGGAUCAAGAAUCAAGAGAUAUUCUAGAUCUGAGCGGAGGAAAGAAGAUGGACAUACAUCCAUUAAGAAUACCACAACCAGUGACAAAACUCAAAGCAAAGUCAACAAUUAAAGACAUACCAAACAUUUCAGACCAGGGACAAAUUGUAACACUUGGUGGUCAUAAAUAUUAUCGUGCACCUCCAGGUUCUUUGACUCCAGCACCACAUCGUGUGAAUGAUUGUCCAAUUCCUACUCCAUUAUCACGAGAACGAUCACCUGUAAUGUGGCGACCUGCUGAAUCGUCAGCUAUACGCAUGCCGCUGAUGCUUCGUGCCGAUCUUCUUCGAAUUCGAUCCGCCGAUGUCGGUGUACCAUCACGCUGACGUCAACCAAGUUCAUUGAAUACAUUCUGGUCUCACAAAUCAAAUUUCAUCAAUCGGCCAUCAGGAGUGUGAAAUGCUCACUUUCAUCAUUGUGAUUACAAUUUUGCUAUAUUAUGUUGCAAAUUUAAAUAACAAGACAAUACGAGCUCUAUGUGAUUCUCUUAUAUUAUGGAAAUCAACUUGAAGAAAAAUAAUGAAUUUUAAUCUUUUGUAAAACUAUAUAUAUUUAUUCUGUUUAAAACUAUAAAAGAUUUGAUCGAAAUUUACAGCACGGAAUUAAGUAUCCCGCCGAAAAUCAGGUUAAGUUGCUAAAUCAAAAAGAUGAAAAUAUUAUACUUGUGUUUUCCUUCAUAUCCAAAAAUAUGCAACUGCAUACAGACAAUGAAAUAUAUUUCAAGUUUUAUUUAAUAAGUGAUCUUGAACAUAAACAAAUUCCAUUAUUUGAAAAUGAACACGAAACAUCUCAUUUUGAUUACAAGUCGAUAUAUUACCGACAUGUUACAUUGAACAGCAUAAAAAAUUGUUGUUUAUUGCUAUAAUUGACACGUGUUGAUCAAUAUGCAGUGCGAACUUUUUCCUUUUUAAAAAUGAUCGAUUUAAACUUAUAAAUGAAAGUGUUUGAAGUGUUUAUGUGAGAUUUUAAAGGAACAUCUUUAUGUGCUUGAAAUUUGCUAGAUAGCGAAGUGCAUUAGUCUUUUUAAUGACAUAACUUAAAAAUACAAAUAAUAAAUAUUGCUUUUUAGCAAUAUCAAACUGGCACAGUUUAAAUUAAAUAACUUUUUGCAUUGAGAUCAGUGCACAUCACACCAUGUCUGGCUAAAAUUCAGACUAUCGGAUAGUUUUUUAUGUCCAAAUAUAAACAUAAAAUGCGCAGUGCUUUCUACUGCAAUUUGCACUGCCACGACAAUCAUAAAACGGUCGGUAGUAAAACUUUGUCCUCUUUCGAUUGACCUAUUUGAUGGUUGAGUCCCAUUGCAUUAACUUAUACCAGCAAAUUGUAGAAUUUACAUUAUCUAAUUCGAGACAAGACGAGACAAGUGGAAAUUUUGUGGCAACAAUUGUUGAUAAUGUGGCAAUUUGUCGAACUAAUUUGACAAAAAUUAGUACAAAGCAUCAGUUACAGAUUAUCGAUUCGACAAGUUACUAUAUUACCGACAAUCAUUAACGCAAUAAUAUGCUUUAAAAUCUUUUAGAAAAAUGCAAUAUAUAUACAUCGCACAAUACAGGGAAAUAAUACAGCGCGAAUGCUGGAAAUUUUAUUUUUUCAAACUUUUUAAGACCACUCGACUUCAAGAACUUUCAUGUAUGUAUAGUUGCUUUAUGGAUACAACAAGAUUUUUAUCGAGAUAUAAAUCUUUUCUGUACGAAUGAAUACAUUAAUAUAAUACGAUUUUUAAUGAUUAAUAAACAAAAAUUUUGUAAAAUACGAUUAAUAUGAUUUGUAUAAUAAUUUUAUUUUUUAUCAUAAAAAUUGUUCCUACUUCGGUCCAUACUAAUUUUACAAAACAGAAUUUAUCAAAAUACCUCGCAUUAAAAUGCGUUUUUAAAUUUUAAUAAUUCAAUCUGCAUAACGAAUUAUGUAAAUGCAAGGUUAUAUUAGUACAACGAAGAUCAGGUACUCGAUAUGAAAUCUGUUUUUCCAUUCACUUACAGUUGUAAAAUUUGUAUGUAAUAAGAAAAAUAGGGACCGAAAUUAAAAAAAAAACUCGAAGAAACAAAAAAUAUAAUUAUGUGUAUAACAUAUAAAUGAUAUCUAUCCUAUUGUUAUUUCUUUAUUUACUUUGCGUUACGUUUCAUUAUAAGUUACUACUUUGUAUACGUUGUAUAAAUAAUUGUUAUGUUAUGCGAUUGUAUUAUAUUAUAUAUAUUUCUUGAUAUAUGUGUGUAUAUAUUUAUAAUUGCACUAAUAUGUCAUCCUUACAAAAUUGCGUGCAAAAUCCUAUUAUUUUGUAAGUUCGAAAAAAUUCAAUUUUAAUCAAUUGAAGAUUCGUGUGAAUUUGACACUAUUAAAGUUUUAAAAUGCAAUUGUAUGCAUGUUGAUUUUUAAACGACAAAAAAUUACAUGUAAUAACAAAAAGAUAUAUCAUUAUAUAAUUAAACAAAA